CCGUACUCUUCCUCCUUGUCUCUCUCUCGCUUUUCCUUCGUUCUACUCUCAUCUGUCGUUCUCGACGAUUCUGCCAGCCAACCAUGCGUCCUCUAAGGCUCCUGGCUCUUCUUUCUGCACCCCUCUUAAUCCGCUCUCAGUCAUCUGGCAAUGUACAGGUCUCGACCCAGUUAUCAACCUCGGUUGGCAUCGAUGGAAAUCACCAGCAGACGACCCAGGUCAUAACAAACCUCAUUACCCUAACCAAUACUGCUGCCGCGUCAACGCCUUCCAACGGGACAUCCUCAAAUACCACUACUUCGGGCAACUCGACGAGUUCAGGAAAUAGCACGAGCUCAGGGAAUAGCACGUCGUCGGCUCCGAAAUCACCACUCCCUACCGCCACGCAGAGCGUCGAUGGAGGUGGUAACGGAGACAAUGGCGGAGCACCAAGUCCAGGAGCGUCCAGUAAUUCCGGUAUCUUUGGCCCAGACGACGGUUAUAUCUCAAGCGCCCUUGCACUAAGUGUAACCUCGUUCGUUUCUGUUGCGGCAGGCGCCAUUGGCGGGAUCUGUUUAGUUUGGACGUGAUGGGCAGGGUGCCGUUUUCUCGUAUAGCUCGAGUUGAUUAGACAUUUGAUGGGUAUUGUGCAAGACGCAUCUUGCUUCAGGACACGUUUAUCUAUGCACAAUGCUCUUGUUCACGACAUUUCAUGGACCUUAUUUUGCUAUUGGACAUUCUCCGCUCCAUAGUUGCUCUGCAUUCGCCGUUUUGGCGACGUCACCAUGCCUCGUUCUCUCUCAUUCCUUCGCUAUCAUUAUAGUACUAGUAGUCAUCGAACUCUGUAUAGUUCAACACAGGUAUUCAUGUCGCCACAGCUGUGUCGUCGUCCCUAUUUCAACUUGACUUGGUCAGGGUUUUUUGUUUGCG